CCCGUCCCUUGCACCAAAAGCACGUUUAAUACCACUUCUAUACUACACUAUGGAAAUGUGAACUGAAAUAUUAAUUCUAAAAGAAAAACCGAUAAGCGUUACAUAAAACAAAAACUGUUUGUAAGCUCUGUUUUGUAAAUCAAUCGAUCCGUUGAACGGAUAUUUAAGUGUUGUGUCAUAAACGAUAUUUUUUAUAAAUACGUGUUUAAAUUUACCAUAAUAUAAUAUUAGGAAUGUAUUUUUGAAGGAGGAACAGUUUUUUUUUUUCCAAACUUCAUAUACUCGGAUGAUAGUUUCCGACAGUGCGUGGAUGCGGAGCUUGCGUAAUUUCGGCGGCAAUAGAGCAUCCUCGUUGCUCGUGCGGUGAUGACGCCAUGGAUGCACUGGUCCCGCUGGCGGUGGUCUGGUUGGUGGUAGUGAGCGGCGCUCCCAACGCGACCCGACGCCGGCCCGACGCUUCAGAUGAACCCCUACUGCCGGAAGACGAGGACGAACUGGCUCAUCACCUCGACUACUAUGAUGAAGAGAGGAUUAACAUAUCAGAAAAGGGCCGAUAUUUGGGCUCCCCGUGUGAAUUCACUUGUAACCCGAAGCUGGUCCACGUGUUCUGCGACCCGGCCACUUCGACUUGCCAAUGUGACCAUAAACACCCGGUGCCGCUGGGAGUCGCUAAUGGUUGUGCUAAACCGAAGAAACUUGGCGAGCAGUGCUUCUACAGACAAACGUGUCGUGCCUUCGAUGCCCAUUCGUCGUGUGUGCAGGUCAAUCACAACGCUUACUGCAAAUGCGAGCCCGGGUACCACAGCACUUCGCACUCCAGGCCCACCUACCGAGUCUUCUGCACUGAAGAUAUGGUGUUGCUGACAGCGGACAUGCCGACGCUCCUGGGCGUGGCGUCGGGGAUCUUCGUGUUGGCGGGAUUGCUCUGCAUGGUGCUGCAUCUCUACACUAAGGCGCGGUACCAUCCUACGCACCUAGCCGACGCGAGGCUAACCCCGCCUUGCUUGUAUUCUCUCAACGACACUGGUGGGACGCUGAGCGCGACCCGUGCGUCGUCUCGGGCGUCGUCCCGUGCAUCGUCCCGCAGCGGAUGUACAAGCGGCACGCUGGACGACGGCGGGGGUGCGGGGUCGGGGCGGGGGUCGCGACGGGGGGUGCCGGUGUCAGCAUCGCGCGCAGGUGCGGCGCGCAAGGCGGCCAUCUUGCUCAUCUCGCGCCACCUCGCGGCCGUAAGGCGGGACGGCGGCGCGCACCCGCCUCGGUGCGCCGCCAAAGGUUCGCGACGUCCAAGUUUAAGUUCAGUGCAGAGCAGCACAUCGUCGAUAAGGAGUUACAGUGCGAAGAGGUGGGAGAGAGAAAGAGAACAGAAAGAAAGACGUCAGAUGAGUAUGCGACUUGCUCAGCUGCACGACAAGAUGUCUGCGGGCCGCGAGGUUCCUAAGCAUGCCCCAACACCAUCACCACGCUCGCCUAACAACUCCACAGAUGGACUGCUACCGUCUGUAUGUGAAAUUAGAGAAUUGUUAUCGAACCCUGAGCAGCAGCUGCAGGGAGUGGACGGGCCCUGUUCAAGCUCCUCGCUGUACUGACAGCAGGCUCGAUCGAAGACGGCGCACCUUCGCCGUUCCUUAGACUCCUUGUCUUCGGACGGAUCCCCAGCUAUUGCCUGGAUGUAGGCUGACAGACAUUGAACCAAUCGAAUUAUUCCCGUGAGUGAUCAUCGAAUCUCGACGAAAUUUGUCUACAAUUUGAUGAAUUUCAGGACAUUUGGUAGGUUAAGUUAAGACAGAAGCACACAGAAGACCCCUAUGGAAACACCACGAUUUAAAAGUAGUGUUGUAAACGCAAUAGAUUAUACCAUUGAGCUCCCGCUGUUGAAAAUUAUUGUAAUAAAUGAAAGCGCUUGAGCUUUUAGGAUGAGGUGGAGCAGCUAAGCUUUGUUUGUUUAAUAAUUUAUUGGUCAUUCUACAAUUUAUUAUU